CGACACAGGCAGGCAAAAUCCAAGCCCGGGCCCCGCACCGUCAGAGACUAGGCGUCAACACCCCAUCCCACCGCCGCCGUCGCCGCCUCCCUUCCCAUGGCGGGGCUCGCCGGCGAGGACCCCUUCGACUUCGAGGAUGCAAGCGACGGCGACGAGUUCUGCUACGAUCCGUUCGACUGCGAUGGCGGCGGCGGCGGUAGCGAAGGCGAGGAGCUCGUCGAUGGCCCCUUCGUCCUCGACGUCAGCGACGGCGAAGAGUUCCGCGUCUCGGGUUUCGCCUUUCCCGACGGCGGCGACGACGACAUUAUUGUGGUCGAGGACCGCGAGCGCCAUUCCGCCCACGAGGAACCCAUCCACGAAACCCUAGGCCGCUCCUUCGACUCCGACGGAGGCCUUAGCCAGUUCUACCCCCACCUCGUGUCCGCGUUGGACCUUGUCGCGGACACCUCCGAGGAGGAGAUCGCCAGGUAUGACCGGGGCGGCGGAGGGUUCACCGUGAGCGGGUUCGAACUCGAGCGGGGGCUGGUCAUCGAGGAGGCUGACGAUGACGACGGGCUCCGGCUCAUGCUGAGCGGGUUCAACCUCGACCCGCGGCCUGUCAUCGGCGGCUUCCAGAUGCUGGUGGACGCCGACGAAGCCGAGGAGGAGGCUGCCGGCCACGACGGGCUCGGGCUCAUGCUGAGCAGUUUCAAUCUCGAUCCCCGGCCGGUCAUCGGCGGCUUCCAGACGCUGGUGGACGCCGACGAAGCCGGGGAGGAGUUUGCCGCCGGCGACGACGGCAGUGAGGGGCGAGGGUUCAUGCUAAGCGGGUUCGACCUUGGGCCACCGCCGGUCGCCGGGACCUUCCGGAUGGUGGUGGACGCCGAGGACACCGAUUCCGACGACGCCAACUUCGAUGUCCUCGACGUACUCGCGGGGCGCGUCGGGGAGGCCACACGGCGGCUGCCGGCGUCUCGUGCGGCGGUGGAGGGCUUACCGGAGGUGAAGCUCAGCGAAGAGGAGGCCUCGCGCGGCUGCGCCGUGUGCAAGGAUGCCAUCGCGGUGGGGGAGAGUGUCGUAAUGCUCCCCUGCAAGCACUGCUUCCACGGGGAGUGCAUCCGGCCGUGGCUCGCCAUCAGAAACACUUGUCCUGUGUGCCGGUUCGAGCUCCCCAUGGGUAAUGCUGAGUAUGAUCGGCGACGGAGCAGGACUGGUGUUGCGUCCGUGGCACAACAGGGCGCACCGGCGCAGAGUGGAGGCGCAGGUGCCGGAGCCACAACGGGUGCAGAAGAUGCAACUGGAUGCACAGCAUAAUAGACUUGAGCAAAAGAGCAUCUUGAUGAGGCGGCAGCAGAGGAUGAUCUGACGCCAAUUACUAUCAAGAUGCCGAACUGACCAACUGGAGUAGAGGUCAGGUAGAUCAACACUGAGUUCCUCUCAGCGACACUAACCAGCAGCGAGAUGAAACUGUGAUUGUAUGGUUGAUCCACCCGAUUUGAAAACUCUAAGUAGCAUUUCCAUCUACCUAUGGCAUGAACGUAGUCUGCGGUUUAAAUUGUCCAUUUUCUCGCCAUCGGCUUUCUUGCCGUAAAAAGCCCAUCUCAAACUCGUAGUGCUGUCCAAUGUCUAGGGUCUGUUUGGUUGAUAGCCACGUAUUGCUAACUGUGACACAUUUUUCUUUUGCCAAACAUGCUUAAUAUUAUGUGAUCAAUUUUUUCACCA